AUGCAAUCUGAAAUAGAUGAGACCAAUUCAUUGAAAAUGUACAUUGCCAAGCUUGAGGUCAAAAAUUCUGAACUUAGAAAGAAGUUUGCUGAGAUUGAAGCCAGGAAUUCUAAGCUUAAGGCCAGAAUUGUGAAAUUGAAAGAUAAGCAAACACAGAACGAAUUGAUAAAAAAUUUGCUAGCUGCACAUAAAAAUAGUACCACUAUAGAUGAAUUUUGUGUGCAAACUUUUUUUUUGCACAAAACUAUAUCUAUUAUAAUGUUCCAUUCUGACUAUAAGUAUAUUAUUGAUAGACUACCUGAAAGUCUUGUUAAGAGGGCAUGUAAGAGACUCUUGCAUUAUUCUAAAGAUCCUGUUCCAUUAGAAUCUAUUUCUGGAAAGUCUGAACGAAUUAAAUCUUAUUUGAGGCACACAUUAGAGGUUUAUAAGAUUUCAUUAAAUAGAAAGAAACCAUUACCUGUUGUAAAUAGUAGAGUCCAGACUGAAGAAAUAGCCCAUGAUCAUGAAGAAGAGAAUAAUUGUCAGAAAUUCAUGCAAGACAUAGAAAGGGGAUAUAGAGAGUGGGUUACUGCAAAUAAAAGAUUACAAUGUGAAGUUGAGGAUCUGAAGAUGCAGGUGCAGGAGGCAGAAAAAGAGCUGACAUCUAUGAAGUCAAAUUCUUCUUAUUAG